GGGCAGCACGCAGCCCCCUGCCCGGCCACCCGGCAGGAUCGGGCACAUCGCAGUGUGAGGAGAGGGGCUGGGCCCUCCUGAUUCCAGGGCUGGGGGGCUCUGGCUGAAAAUGGGGGGAGAUGCAGGGAUGGAUCCCCAGAGUCCUGCAGGAUCGGUUCCUCCGGCGGAGAGCUCCUCGCAGAGAUGUGCCACCAGAGCAAGCGCCCGAGCAGGGCCUGGACAGGUUCAGCUACGACUAUGAGACCAUCCGCAACGGGGGGCUGAUCUUCGCCGUCGUGGCGUUUGUCAUCGGGCUCCUCAUCAUCCUCAGCCAGCGGUUCCACUGCGGAGGGAAGAAGAAGAGGAGACAGGGAAACGAGGAGGACCUGUAGCUGCAGAGCUGCCACGAUGCCAUGGAAGGAGAGCUUGGUCCGAGGCAGAGCUCGGAGCAGUCCUUGCCAAGGGCCACCCCUUGCCCCGCUCCAGUGCCUCCACCAUUCCCCCACUCACCCCGGGCGAGGCCAGGACGCGAAUUGCCCUCGUGCUUUCCCCUCCGUCAGAUCCAGCGAGUGUUUCUUCGUGGCUAAUAAAGAGGUUAAACUUUGUG